GAGAAAGAUAGAGAUCGAAUCAGGCCCUGCCUGCCUGCCUUGCAAAUCGAGUCUUUCAAUGUGAUGGUUGCCUUAUACCUAAGGCACCACUAAAAUCCCGCAGCGUUUGGAUCAUUGCGUCCAACCAGAACCGAACCGGCUCACUCCAGCUUUUUUACUGCUGCUUGUUCUCCCAUCCCGUACAAAACCCUCAACCACCCGCCAUUCCGCCCUCUACAACCCCCUUCCCCCCCCGGUGUCCCCCAAUUGAGCCAGCCACCGUCCACAUAUCAAGAUGCUCGUCCAAUUGUCCCGCGCCACUCGCGUCGCUUCGGCUGUCUCUCGGCUGGCGAGGCCCAGCGCCGUUCAGAUGAGGGGAUUCAUUGCCCCCACGGUCUCACGAAGAGCCGACUUCGUCCAGGAGCUCUACCUCAAGGAGCUCAAGUCCUACAAGCCUACCCCCAUCAAGGACUCUGACGCCCAGGGCCAGGUCCAGACCUUCUCUAUCCCCCAGACCCCCAAGUCCCCCGAGGAGACCGACCUCGCCGCCAGCCUGAAGGAGUACGAGAACAUGGCCGUCGAGGUCGAGGGCCAAGAUGCCUCCGCCAUCGCCGCCAACGGCGAACCCGUCAAGCACGACUGGCUCAUGAUCGAGGAGGACGAGGAGGAGCCUCACCACUAGACGCGGGCAACCCUUUUGGGGCACCCCGAUAUCGAAAAGUUUUUUUUAAAACAAACGCCGCAUUUUCAAUCCCGUCUUAAACAACCGAUCGAAAACAAACCAUCCUGGGAGGGCGACUGGGGGAAAAAGUGCUUUUCCAACUCUUGCCUUUUUCGGGAUCUUGUAAAUCCUGCCGCUUGCCCCGACGGGCCGAAGGAGUGGGAGUGUGCUGAUGGAGAGAGGGAGAGGAGAGCUGAAUAACGAGGGGAAAGAAGGUGUGCUGGGAGGUGGUAAUCCCGUGUAUAUUGUCCAACUCAACCUCGCUGGCUAGGAAUGCUAUUCGUAUGCGCUCAAGAUAAUUACUAGCUGACUGCGUAU